AUGAACAACAUAUUCCAUGAUUUACUGCACAUCUCUGUGAUUGUGUAUUUGGAUGACAUCCUGAUCUUCUCAAACUCAAUAGAAGAGCAUAUGGAACAUGUCAAGGAAGUCUUAUCUUGCUUGCUAAAGCAUAAUCUAUUCUGCAACCCUGCCAAAUGCUACUUCUUUGUCACAGAAGUCACCUACAUUGGGCUUGUGAUUACUCCUGAUGGCAUCUCCAUGGAGAAAGAAAAGCUGCAAGCAAUCAUGGAUUGGCCUGAACCCCAAAAUGUGAAACACGUGCAAUCAUUCCUAGGCUUUGCACACUUCUACUGUUGCUUUGUCCCCAACUUCUCUUGCUUAGCACACCCUCUGAAUAACCUUACUCAGAAGAAGCAACUAUGGAUCUGGCUAGAAGAACAGAAGGCUGCAUUUGACGCAAUCAAGGCUGAGAUUUGCAAGGAGCCUGUUCUAGCUCACCCUGAUGAAUCUAAGCCUUACAACUUGGAAACAGAUGCUUCUGAAGCAGCCAUGUGCGCCGUGCUAUCUCAGAGAAAGGAAGAUGAUUGUCUACAUCCUGUUGCAUUCAUGUCAGCCAGCUUUUCACCUGCUGAGCUGAACUUUGACACACAUGACAAAAUCUACUUGCCAUCAUUUGUGCAUUUGAGCACUGGAGAAUCUUCCUGGAAGGAACUGAGCAGCCAAUCACUGCAUCAUGCGUGCUGGUAUCUCAUGCUGGUGUCCUACAACUCUGUCAUUGCUUAUCAACCUGGAAAACAGUCACAGAAACCUGACGCCCUGUCAAGACAACCAGAUCACAUGGACUUAGAACCAACUCCACAAGUUGUGCCAGAUGAACCUGAGAUCAAACAGCAGCUCUUAUCUCACUUCCAUGAUUCCCCUGCUUCUGGUCACCAAGGCCAAGCACAAACUCUAGAGUUAAUCAGUUGUCACUACUACUGGCCAGCAACAAAAUUCCAAGUCAACCACUAUGUGGAGUCUUGUGAAAUCUGCCAAAGAAGCAAGGGCCAUGCACACAGCUAUGCUCUCAACCCGCUUUCUGUCCCUGCAGGUCCCUGGGAAGACAUCUCAUAUGAUUUCAUUGUCAAGUUUCCCAAGUGUAAGGGAUAUGACAGCAUCCUGGAAACUGCCACUGCUGAGGAUGCAGCUCAGAUGUUCCUGGAGCAUGUCUGGAAGCUACAUGGCACUCCCAAGUGCACUGUGUCUGACAGAGGGACUACAUUCAACUCCAAGUUCCUCAAGGCACUCUACAAAUCUCUGCAAAUCACUCCUAGUUUCUCUACUGCUUACCACCCACAAUCUGAUGGACAAACUGAGAUCAAAAACCAAUGGCUAGAGGCUUACCUAUGUCCCUUCAUUGAUCAUAGACAGUCUGAUUGGGUUGAUUGGCUCCAACUGGCUGAAUUUGCUCAUAACAAUGCCAGAAGCAAAGCAACAGGCAAAUUGCCUUUCAAAAGUGUGUAUGGCUAUUCUCCUGUCAUUUCACCGCUCUUGGAACCCACUGGGUUGCCAAUUGCUGAUGACAAAGCCAAGCAACUGGCUGAGACAAUUCAGGAAGUACAGGCAUCAAUCAAAUGGGCUCAGGAGCGCUACAAACAGGCAGACACAGGGAAACCACCUCCUGAGUUUCAACCAGGAGACAAAGUUUGGCUUCUGCCUUCCAAUAUCACGUUGCAGCGUCCCAACAAAAAGCUAGACCAAAAAUAG